AUUAGAAUAAUAUUAAUCCCGUCACAGCGAAGAGGUGCCCCCAUCCCAUUCAGGUUUUUAUUGCCAUCUAGCAGUAGCGUUUUGUAAACGUUUAGACAUAACGGAACAUCCAUUGACUGUGGGUGGUGGAUACUUCUAUUCAUUCUUUUCCACAACAUUAUUGUCGUAAAAUAAUUCAAAUCAAAAUGUUGCUUAACGUUGUAUUGUUUUUUAUCGUAGAAAUUUUUCGUGUCUGGGAUGCGCAUCUGUCUGAAUAAACCGCGCAUCAGCGGCUCUCAACGCGCCCUCGACCGGCCGGUACCGCCGCGACGAAAUUUCCGCUACACUGACAUGACAACACACAAGUUAUUGUUAUUAUUGACAGACUGAUAAUGUGAGCUGAAAUCGGCCGUACGUGUUCUGUGCGUACUCGAGAGCGUGCCUGGUCGGUGAGCACGUCAACCCGAGCAUCGUGCCCGCUGUGAAGUCGCGGUGUUACGUUCGGGCUUCAUUCAGCAACGACGAGAUUUUCGCCGUCGAACUUGCCGUCAUGAGAAUGCAGGUUAUGUGAGCUCGCGGGGCGAGCGUAUGGAGUGAGCUCGUCCUCUCCCUUGCUCCGAGCCGCCGCUCGUAGAGGCGAGUGUUAGGAUACGCGCGAUGGGUCAGGGUACGGAAACGUGUGCCGACCGACCCACGGAGGUCAGCGUCAUCAGAUUCGUCUCGCGGAAUCGCACCAUUGAGGAGAUCGCACCGAAAAAGGAAGUAUAUACUUGUAAACAACGAGGUUGUGGAAAGGUGUUCACUAAUCAAGAUGAAUAUAAAACGCACGAAGCGCUAGAAGCUUUGAAGAUUCGAUUUAUUUGUCGUGAACCAGGUUGUGGAGAGGAAUUAUCAGAUCCGGGUAGUAUGUGGCGACAUUAUCAAGAAUGGCACAACAAUGAAACAAAUGUUUUUGCCUGCCCUUACACUAAUUGCGGAUCUUUACACGCCACUAGCAGUAAUCUGGAGGAUCACAUUGAGAGUUGUCACAGACAACCGCCUACACUGCCAAUGGAGCCUGAGAUAAUCUGUUUUGAAGGCCCAGAGAAUGCGAUAAGUGAGGAAGUUAUGCAAAAGACUGACGAGGGAUGCUACGAACAACUGCCAAGUGAAAACUUCACUUUGAAGGAAGAAUACGGAAGUAAAGACGAGAGUUGUCACAUUAAAACUGAAAUAAAAAUUCAAACAAAAAGCGAAUUUUGCCACGAGAAUAAAAUUGCGGUCGCUGCAAACAGCGAAGAAUACUCGAAUGAGUCUUUAAAUGGUAUUAAUAAGUUUCCUAAGAGUGAAGAAUUUAUAAUUAAGGAUAAUUUCUUACGGAAGUACGAUGGUGGUGCAGCAAAAUGCGAGGAAAUUCUUCAAGUGGAAUGUUCGCAAGAUAAGAGUAAUGUCGUCUACAUAAACGGUGAUGUGACCAUUACGAAAAACAUGAAAACGGAGAUGUGCAAUUUAAAUCUACGGAAUCAAGAGCAUAGAAUAGAUUUAGGAAAUUUGGAACGAGUUUUCCGAAGCGGUCUCGAGAACUCCUCCAAGUCCAUUGAGGAUAGCUCGAUAGAGACCAAUAGCAAUUGUUCAGACGAUGAGGAGUACACCCCAAAGAAACAACGCAUGUCUAGGUACAAACAGGAUACGUAUAAAUGCGACAUUAAUGGUUGCGGGAAGAAGUACAAAUACAUAUCGCACUAUCGUCAUCAUCAAGACAGUCACAAAUUAGUCACGAAUACAAUUAAUUCCAAUACCGGUAAACAAAUGCCAAAGGUGAAGCAAGGAAGGGCGUCGACCGUCAGCUUCUUCAUAUGCAAGACGCCUGGAUGUGGCGCACAAGUGAAUAACGUAAAUGCCCUGUGGAAGCACUAUCAGGACAAUCACGCUAAUUCCAAGCCGCCAGUUGUACAAACUACCAAGAACAAUGAAGUGUUUCGGUAAAGCAUUCUGUAAACCGAUGGUUGCAAAGUUAUUUGUAAAAUUCGUUAAAAUAAUCCUUUAUUACGAAGCUCGCGUUCUGUAGCGUAAAUAAUAAUAAGCCGACAUUUCAAAUGUAAAGUACCGAGAUGCGACGUAGAAUUUAAUACGAUGUUAAUAUUGUGCAAGCAUUUUGCUGAAGUUCAUUUUGAUAGUUCCAUCGGCAGCGCGAACGGAAAGACUGGCAACAAGGAUUUCAUUUUACCGAGGUGUUCCAAGAAAACGUUAUUGCCCAGCAGGCAAAUUUUAAGACUGACUUCAAAGCCAAGCGUAAUAUUAACUUGAACAAUUACGCCGAAAGUGGUGGCGAAUACACCAUUCACAUUGCUAAGCAAGAAUUUUCGGAAUUGACUUGAAUCUCAUGGAGAUCUUGAUUACGACGCUAAAAUAGUUAAAAGAAAGAAAAGAGAGAAAUACGACACAGUAUUUCAGAGUAUUUUACAAAGGUUAUUUUAUCUAGAGAGAAUUUUACGCGAACAAAUCGCUUUAAAGCUUGUGUGUUUGGUCUGUAAUUGAACGCUGUUGAUUAUGGUAGAAUAUCUUAAAGUAGCUGUAAGUUUGACUUGAACUUUGUGAAAUACUCUGACAUUUUGGUCAAGUAAAUCUCGUCGAUAUUUAAGAGAAUUAAUCGAACUGUUCGGUGUAUGCUGCGACGAGACAACCAGCAGUUCGACUGAAUAUAGUGUUCAGUCCAAAGUAUACAUACAUACAUACAUAUAUCAUUCUACACGAAUAUAAGUUUCUUGUAAUUAUAAAUAAGAAGCUAAGUCCGUUGCAGCGAUUCACAUCUGUAAUAACAAGACUUCUAAAUCUCUUUCUGUACUGAUUUUUGCUAUUUUAUAUUAUAUCAUUUUUAUGUAACUUAUAUUCGAUAUAUAUA